AUGGGGCCGAACCGAGCAGAGACAGAAUCUCCCUCCCCCGUGUCAACUUAUAUGUCUGACAACCCCCCUUCGUCGGAGAACAUCUCUCAUCUGGGUGAAAGUUGGUUUCUGUCCUUUGUUCUGCACCACACAAACAGCGACUUCCGCCAGCCUCAUCGCCUCCUCGCGCGACCUGAUGGCGCUCGGCAAGCAUUGACGAGAGCCCAGUCUGGGGGCACACCAGCUCAGUCCCACACCGUCCCAAUUGACUGGCCGCAAGAUCUGCCUCCAAGCGACGCGAUACGGUCUCUGGUCGACGCCUACUUUGCCAGAUUCCACUUGUUUUGUCCAAUUCUGGACAAAAAACAGUUCAUGGGCUCUCUCGAAGACGCGUCCCUCAGCGUCACUUUACUUCGCUGUGUCAUCUUCAUUGCCGCUGUCCACUGCGACAUCAAAGUGCUUACGCGACUCGGCUAUGAAACUCGACUGGAGGCUGGAGAUGAUCUAUUUGGCAAGGCCAGUUCGGCCGUGGACAGCGACUCGGAAUCAGAUAGGACGACGAUGAUGAUGUGUUCGUAUCUCUUGCAUUACUGGUGGGGCCGGCCCACGCGAUUCCACGACUCGUUAUGGCGGCUUGCUGGUGUCAUCAGGUCUGCCCAAGGGCUCGGGAUGCAUCGCAGCGCACGUAAGAGCAAGAUGGACGAAUACACGAUAAGACGAUGGAAGCGGAUCUGGUGGAUCCUUUAUAUUCGCGACCGACAAAUAUCGCUCAGCAUAGGCGUACCUGUGACUAUCAACGAUCUCGAUUGCGACGUCGAACCUUUGACACAAGAUGACUUUGACGACGAGCCCCUAGAGACAGCCCUGUACAUUAUCCAUCAGGCACGCCUGUCACAAGUUGCCGCUAAGAUUUCCUCCACAUACUUCAUCCCGGACACCAGUGCCGUGGAAACAGGCACCAAUCAGCUUCCUCCAGCUAGCGAGGGCAUACAAAAGCUGCUGGGAGAAUGGCACAGGAGCCUACCGCCGUCGAUGCUGAACCCACACGUUGGAAGGCAACAUCAUCUUAUCUUGAUCCUUGAAAUCAUUUACAAGCAACGCGAUGCUUCGGUCGUAGAGACAUUGGGGGCCAUUGUUCUCGAUGCCGCCAACGACAUCACGCGGCUCGCCGAGGAUGCUCUCACGUAUUCGGAGCCGCAGUGUUUCCCCAUGAUCUGCGUGACGGCUCUCUUUGCCGCGAUAAUGGUGCAGUACACCCAUUCCUUCUCGAGCAACACCUACAGGAACAGGAUCCUGUUACAGAAGUUGCGGUCAAACAUGCUAGGCCUCGAACAGCUGGAAGAGGUCUAUAUUCUGGCUCGCUGGAUCCGCAGACUGCUGGCCAAAAUUAUGGACGGGAAAUCGCAGUCGAAAGCCGCCCGAAACACCGAUUCUUCUGGUGGCGGCCGUCAAAUUGCCAACAAUGAACCUCACCGAAGCACUGCCGUCGACCUUGCAAAUGGCAUUUGCAAGCACCAACAUCAGCACCAACACAGCAUCGCUCCUGAUGACAACAAGGAGCAGAUUCCUGAAAUUUUCGCGGCAAACGCUCAUUCCAGACGUGUUGCUGGCGAAGAUAUGAGGACCAGCAACAGCCAAUGUUGGGCGGCAGCUUGGGCAGAUGGACAGACGGCUUCGCAACCGUUUGAUUCGGUGUCGCCGCAUACGAGCGACGCAAGACUCGUCUCGUUCGAACACGCACAAGCCGGCGCUUCACAGAGCACCGCAACAGCAGGAGGGCAGUACGAGAGUAUCAGCCCGAUGGACUGGUCGUGGCUGAAUACUCCCCAGCUCUGGAACCUUCAACACAUGGUUGAUCUCGGAUUGGCCGGAUUCGAUUCCAGUGUGACCGGGGCAUCGGAGUGGGGUGACCUAUCCUCCAUUCCUUUUGGUAGCUAA